CUGUAAACGCGCUGCCCAAUAAGCCAGCAGGGGGAAAACAGCUCUACUGAGAGAGCCUCAUCAAUGGAAAGAUCAUUUACUUUCCACGGUAUUUUCCCUUGCACAUUUCACAGCGUUUACACUCAGAAAGCUCAGGCUCCCCUGAGACCCUGGAUUGCCUACGUGACCCCUGCCGGCUCCUUUUCGGGAUGUGUUAUAUAUACCUUCCGCCCCACCCUGAGAGACGGACGUGAGUUCUUCGGUCGGUCUGGAACUGGAUUGUGCCGCUUUGUAACGUGAGGACAGGCCGUAACCUCCCACUGCUGUGGCAGCCCGGCUGUGCGACAUCUGAGGUGGGAUGGAGCAGCUUCAGCACACCGUGCCACUUGUCAAUUCCUCCUUCUAUCAGCCUUCCACCUUCCUCCUGACGGGCUUUCCGGGGCUGGAAGCCAAUCACCACUGGAUCUCCAUCCCUUUCUGCAUGUUCUAUCUUGUCGGCCUUUCAGGGAACUGCCUGAUCCUGAUCAUCAUCAAGAAGACCCAAAGUCUUCAUAAGCCUACGUACUACUUCCUUUCCAUGCUGGCCGUGAUGGACCUGGGCUUGGCUUUGUGUACCCUUCCUACCACGCUGGGCAUCUUUUGGUUUAAGAUCAGAAAAAUUGAGUUCAAUGCCUGUCUCACCCAGAUGUAUUUUAUCCAUAUACUGUCAGUGAUGGAAUCCUCGGUGCUCCUAGCCAUGGCCUUCGAUCGUUUCAUCGCUAUCUCCAACCCUCUGAGAUAUUCGUCCAUCUUGACCAAGCCAACCAUCAUAAAAAUAGGGCUGGCAAUUGUUUCAAGAGCUGUGAUCUCCCUCUUCCCAAUACCCUUUCUGCUCAAGAGGCUAACCUACUGUGGGAGCAAUGUGCUUUCCCACUCAUUUUGCUUUCACCCUGAUAUCAUGAAGCUGGCCUGCGCGGAUAUAAAAGUCAACAUCUUGUAUGGUUUAAUUGUCAUUCUUUCAACGGUGGGUGUGGAUUUUGUGUUCAUUGUGCUAUCAUAUCUUCAAAUUCUAACAGCUCACAGCCUUUCCCCUUCACUUUGCAAUUUAAAGAUAGUGAAACCUGCCAACGUACCCAAUUCCUGCUAGAAGGGGAGCCGCUGACACCACAUGUCUUCACUGUAAAGGACA